AUGUACGUGGACAGAGACUGCUGCAGCCCACACGCACACGGACAGUCGCAGGUCAGAGCCAUGUUUGCAGAGUGGGAUGAGCUCCAAGUGCGCCUGGACAUCUGGCACUUCAUGCGGCGCUUUGCGGCAGGCGUCAUCACAGAGGCUCAUCAGCUCUACGGCACCUUCAUGACUCGGCUUUCCAGGUGCAUCUUUGAGCUGGAUCCAGAGGAUGUCGCUGCCCUUCGGCUGGCCAAACAGGGGGAGCUACAGGCCAGAGGAGCUGGUCCAGUCUCAGAGAAGGCCCUGGAUAAGCUGAUCACCAGGAAGGAGUUGUCGCUGCACUGUCGCAAGCGCACCAGAGGAGUGGAGGAGACCACCAGGAGGAUCAGGGCGCUCAUUGAAGAGAUGGACAGUGAGAAGGGGAGGGACACUCUGGGCGUACCACUGCUGGACCACGAGCGCAUCCAACAGGUCUGGAUAGACCAGCAGAGGCACAUUGCCUGUAUUGAGGAUCCAGAGGGCUUCCCUCUGUACCAGAAGACAGGCACACUGAAGAAGGGUGGUGUGGAGCUCAGCUGCUACCGGUGCGCUCGUGGCUCCACCUCUUUGGAGUCUUUUCACCUCCACUUGAACCGCUUCAUCCCAGGGACCAGUGCCAGUGAUGCGCAUUUCCAGGCCUAUUUCCUGGAAGGCCUGAUGCGCUGGAACCAGGACCAUAUGGAUGAAGCGACCUACAGCAGCGCUGAGAGGGAGGCCAUGGACCGGCUCAGCCGAAAAGUGCUGAAGACGUCCCUGGAUGAGCACUACCAGCCUCCAGGGGCUUACACGGGAGAGCUGCUCGGGAUGGAGUAUCUGUACAGUCAGUCUGGGAAAUCCCUGUCUGUUAUGGAUAACCCGGAGGAGGAGGAUCGGCUGGUGGAGCAGAUGGACGAUGAGGUGUCCACAGCAGUGGCUCCCAGGCCUUCAACCCCUGUCCCUCCGCACCGGGACCAUCCUCACUGCAGCCACCCACAUCCAGUCAAGGACAGCUGCGCCCUACCCAUCCUCCUCAGCAGUCUCCCCAGCUGCGCCCUGCCCAGCCUCCUCUGCACCAGUCGUUUAUUUGAGGCCAUGUGCAUCAAACUGUGUGCACGGCACAAGUCCCCAACUAAAAAGGAUGGAGUCAGUCUUCCUCGUUGGACUAAGGUGCUCAACGACUACCACCACAUCCGAGACCUGGUGCUGAACUGCCACACUCUGAUGGAGGCCACGUCACUUCAGCAGUUUGUGCUGAUUCAGAGGACUCUCGCUCAGUGGUUUAAUCGAAGAGAGAACACCCAGGAAGUCACUGUCCUCUCCCAGGGCCUUGCUGCAGAGGACUGCCUCGCUGUGGCCAGCUCACAGUUUCCUGCUCCGCGGGAAAGCCUGGAUGAGGCUUCCUCCACAUCAGGGGCCCGGCACGAAUUUGUCCUGCCUCCAAACCGAGCGGGACAAACGACCUGCCAGUGCUACAGUUGUGCGGCCCAUCACCCCAGCAGCUCCUCUUCCUUUAGUUCCUGCGCCACUGCCCCAGAUUUUUGUUUUGAACCCUGUGCCCACGCUGAUUUCCAAAGGUGCAGGUGGCCCUUCAGCUGCUCGUCUCCUGGCUCCAACUCCUGUGUUUCCUGCCGCGCCCGAGGCUCCUGCUCCCACUGCCCCAGUGUCUGUGUCCCGCUUCACGCAGAGAAACAGACGACGCAGGGCAGAAGAGGAGGCCAGUGGAACUCACAAAAGACGAUAUGUCCGUGA